UUUGUCAUUCUAUUUUCAGAAUGGACGACCAUAAUAAUAGUGGUUUGAAAGUUCCAGAUUCAAAGGACCAUCCAUUACCUUGGAAACCACCUCCUACUCGUUGGAUAUUGCGUAUUCCACUGAUUCUUACUUGGAUUCGUAUUGCACUUAUUCCACUAUUUGUCUUUAUAUUCUAUCUUCCUAUAGCCAACUCUGGUAUAGUAUGUCUAAGUAUCUUCGCGUUGGCUUCCUUUUCUGAUUACUUGGAUGGCUAUUUGGCAAGAAAAUGGAAUUGUACGAGUUCCUUUGGAUCCUUUUUGGAUCCCGUUGCUGAUAAACUGUUGGUAACCAUUGCCUUGAUACUCUUAUCUUCCCAUAGAGGAGGUAUUUUAUUACCCAUUUGUACCAGUAUUAUUGUAUCACGUGAAAUAUUGAUAUCAGCUUGGAGAGAAUGGAUGACUGCUUUAGGUAAAAGAGAAUCGGUAAGUUGAUGUACUUGCAAGUUGAAGAAGAAGAGAGGAAUCAUAAGGAUAAAAAGGUUUCUGUUGGU